CUUUUCCUCUUCUGGCACUGGAAAGUGAAAUAGAAUAUUUGUUUGAUCUAAGAGAGCCAAUAGCUGAUUCAGAUAUUCCCGCCAAAGCCGCCAUUAUAUGUAUAGUGCUAACAAGUGGGAGAGGGACAAAGCCAACAAGUGGCGGCACGUUAUUGUUCUGUCAACGAUACUUCCAACAAAUUUCUACUUGGCGUUAUAAAUUAGAACUGAUCCACUGUUCGUGGAUCGACAGUCCAUUGUCUUCGGCAUAUGACAUUUAGUUGAAUUUAACGAGGAUGUAUGUCAAAGUGCGGACCGUCGAUGGGAAAAAGGAGGUCGUCUUGACGAUCUCCAAACUCACCACUGUUGAAGAUUUUAAGGACAUGGUUCAGCAAGAAAUGUCGAUAGAGAAAGACAUUCAACGGUUAUUCUACCGCGGAAAACAGAUGGAAAAUGGUUACAAAUUAUUUGAUUACAAUGUUAACCUGAAUGACGUAAUACAAUUAUUAAUAAAGCCUAAGAUAAUUGAUAUAGUAAAAGAAACAGCCCAAUCCAGUACUGAAAGUAUACAGGAGGUAAAUUGUAUAAAAGAAGAUAAGGAAGAAGAACUCGCAGAGACAGAAAGUCGUUUUUAUAAAGUCGGUGAUUACGUAGAUUGCAUCGACCAGGCUUAUGGCGCCUGGUUCGAAGCGAUUAUAGUUAGGAUUUUUAAGAAAGAUGGGAAAAUAACAUACAAAGUCAAUUGGCAAUUUGAAGAAGAAGUUGAUCCAUUUGAUGUCGAAGAAUUGCACAUAAGACCAAGAGCACGAAAGCUUUUAAACUUUGAUGAAUUAGAAUUGGGACAGCGUGUAAUGAUUAAUUAUAAUAUUGAGGAGCCCAAGGAGACUGGAUAUUGGUACGACUUCACCAUUUCAAAAAUUCAUAAAACCAGAACAUUAGAACAACUUACCGGUACUCUGCAUGUUGGCAGAGAUCAAGCGACUAUGGAAAAUCGCAAAGUAAAUCCAAAAGGCGAAGUGUUCGCUAUAGAGGAGCCUAAACUGUUGCUGGAUAGAGAUAACGAAGAUGAGGAUCAGGAUGAACCAUCCAGAAGACGAGUAGCUGCUAAUUGUUCACGCUGUAUGGAUAACCCACGUAGAAAAUGUAAGGAAUGUGGAUGUCGAGUUUGUGCUGGAAAAGAAGAUGCUCAUCAUUUGCUGCUCUGCGACGAAUGUAACAAAGCAUAUCAUCUGCGGUGUCUAAAUCCACCACUGACAGCAAUUCCGGCAGAGGAUGAGUGGUACUGUCCGGAGUGUAAAAAUGAUGAGAAUGAAAUUGUCAAGGCAGGUGAGAAGUUGAAGCAGAGUAAAAAGAAAUCCAAAGCCAAUAGCACCGAACCAGGUAAAGAGAAGAGGGAUUGGGGUAAAGGAAUGGCCUGCGUAGGAAGAACUAAGGAGUGUACGCUUGUACCACCUAAUCAUCGUGGUCCUAUACCAGGAAUUGAAGUUGGCACAUGCUGGAUGUUUCGGAUGCAGGCAUCUGAAGCAGGAGUACAUAGACCGCACGUGGCAGGAAUUCAUGGUCGUGAAUCAGAUUGCGCGUAUUCACUUGUCUUAUCUGGUGGAUAUGAAGAUGAUAAUGACGACGGUGAUGAAUUUAUGUACACAGGGUCUGGAGGGCGGGACUUAUCAGGAAACAAGAGGACUGCAGAGCAAAGUUGUGAUCAAACACUCACUCGUAUGAAUAAAGCCUUAGCUUUGAAUUGUUACGCUGAGCUAAAUGGAGUCACCGGAGCUACUUCGAAGAAUUGGACCAAAGGAUUACCUGUUCGAGUUGUUCGUAAUUACAAAUUGAGGAAACACAGCAGAUUCGCACCUGAACAGGGUAACAGGUAUGACGGAAUCUAUAAAGUAGUGAUGUACUAUCCGGAAAAAGGUAAAAGUGGAUUCAGCGUUUGGCGUUAUCUCCUGAGACGAGACGAUCCAGCACCAGCACCCUGGACACGAGAGGGUAAAAACCGAAUAGCAAAACUCGGCUUAUCGAUAAUUUAUCCAGACGGAUACCUGGAUGCCUUGAAUAAAAAUAAGGAAACGAAAAAGCGAGCUGCUCUCAGGGAAAGUAAUUCACCUAGUGCAAGUAAGAAAGAGGAGGAGGAAGAAGAACCGCCAACGAAAAAACACAAGUGUGAGGGUUACGAGCUCGACGCCGAACUAACCUCCUUUAUCGAGAAGGAUGAAGUUAAUAAAAAGUUAUGGGAAGAUUGUUGCAAAGUUCUGCCGGAUGGUAAAGCACCAUUUCUCCAAAGAGUUUCAGAGAGUUUCAUGUGCGUCUGCUGCCAAGAAGUUAUGUACAAACCAGUUACAACACCCUGCGCACACAAUAUUUGCCUCAGUUGUUUGAAGCGUAGCUUCAAUGCUGGAGUCUACUCAUGUCCGUCCUGUCGUUACAACCUGGACAAGGGUUUUGAAAUGCAGGUCAAUGAAUUCUUGUCAUCUGCCUUACUUUUAUUGUAUCCUGGUUAUCAAGCAGGUCGUUAAAUUUUGAGAGAAUGUACAUUGUUGCUGCACAACAAUGUAGAAUUGUUCGUACAGUUGUUCGUAAGGCUUUGUUCUUGUAUAUCUAUUAUUCAACAGAUCAUUUAGUAGAAACAUUAGUGCCCCAUUGCGAUUCAAUUUAACUCUCAUUUACCAUAUUCUUUUUAUUGCUAUUAAAUGUUUCCACUUUUCUUUCCUUGUCGACUAUUGUUUCGUGUUUUUAACUAGUUGAAUCCUCUCUGAUUAGGAAAGUAAUGUAGCCUUUGGCAGA